AUGGCCAUGACUGACCCAACCAAGCUUCCGAAGUUCUCGAGCUGCCGCGGCGUCUCCUUCGAGAUCCAACCCUCGCCGUCGAGCCCCUUUGCGAUCCCACCGACAUCGAACAGCCAAACCGCAAACCAGGCCGGCCGAUGGGUCUGGCUCCCGUGGUCGUCUCAAAAUGCCACUUCCACCGUCGUCCCUUCAGCCAACUCCCACCGUUCCAUGAGCCGCGCUAGCAGCCACUUCUGCGACCUCUCCGACGACGGCAACGACGACAAGGAAGAAGACCGAGUAGACGACAUCGAAGCGCAACUCGACGACGAGCAACCAGCGGAGCCAAAGAAGCAGCAAGAGCAACCGAUACUAGUGACUCCUCCGGGAAGCGCUUCUUACUCGCGCCUCGCCGUCGUACUCCUGGACCAGGGCUUGUUCACCGUCUACAAGCGCCUCUUCGCCGCGUGCUUUGCGCUCAACACAACCGCGCUAGCGCUCGCCGCCACGGGCCAUUUCGACUACGCCAAGCGGAGAGCCGCGCUCUUUGCCAUCGGCAACGUCUUAGCUCUCACCCUCUGCCGCAGCGAGGCGCUCCUCCGCGUCGUCUUCUGGCUCGCCGUCAAAGCCCUCGGCCCCGCGUGGGUCCCGAUUCCGGUCAAGACCGCCGCCACCGCCUUCCUCCAAUCCCUCGGCGGCAUCCACAGCGGCUGCGGCGUCUCCUCCGUCGCGUGGCUCGUAUACGCUCUAAUCCUCACUCUCCACCGCCGCAGCGAGACAUCGCCCGAGAUCAUCGCCGCGGCCUCUUCCGUCCUCGCCUUGCUGUCCCUCUCCUGCGUCGCUGCAUUCCCGCUCGUCCGCCACCCCCACCACAACGUAUUCGAGCGGACCCACCGCUUCGCCGGCUGGACAGUUCUCGCAAUUUUGUGGGCCUUCGUCCUCCUGACGGCCAGCUACCACCCGGACACCAAAUCCUACCACCGCAUCAACGCUUCCGAGCUCGCGAAGCGGCAAGAAUUCUGGAUUACCGUACUCAUCACCUUCUUCACUAUUUUGCCGUGGGCGACGGUGCGGAGAGUCCCCGUGUCCGUCACCGCCCCGUCGGGCCACGCUUCGAUCGUGAAAUUCUCCGGCGGGGUGAAAGCAGGCCUGCUCGGCCGCAUAAGCCGGUCGCCUUUAUCCGAAUGGCACGCGUUCGGUAUCAUAUCCGACGGCGAAGAAACCCACAUGAUGCUCGCCGGCGCGGUCGGGGACUUCACCAAGGGAUUGGUGUUGGACCCGCCGCAGCGUAUCUUGAACAUGUACCGGAGGGUGGUGCUCGUCGCGACCGGAUCGGGGAUCUGCGUGUUCCUGUCCUUCCUGCUGCAGCCGUGCGCGGCGGCGGUGUGCGUGGUGUGGGUGGCGAAAGGCGUGGAGGCGAACUUCGGGAGGGAGAUUACGAAUAUGGUCACCGGCGGCGGCGCCGGGUGGGGGGAGAGGAAGGCGGUGGUGCACGACACGGCGGUGCUCGGGAGGCCGAAUGUGGCAGAGAUGGCGGUGGAGGCAGCGAAGGACUGGGAGGCGGAGGUGGUGGUGGUCACCAGCAAUCCACAGGGGAGUAGUGAUGUGGUUAGGGCUUGUAAGAUGGCCGGAAUACCUGCAUUUGGACCCAUUUGGGAUUCUUAA